CGGAGGCGGCGCCGGGGGCGGCCGGCUGCCCGGACUCGGCUUACGGCAGCAGCCUGGAGGACAACCCCGGCGACGAGCAGGAGCAGGAGCGCCUGCUGAGCUACUGGCAGAGCGUGGGCCGCGGGCACCGCGUCGACGUGCCCAGGGAUAUGGCAGAGCCAAUCCAACAGCUGACCAGAAAUAACCAUCCUCAGGAGAGAGAAAGUGUUCCAUUUGUUGUGAUAGCCCGUAAAGAACAGCUUGGGAAUCUUCUUUAUGAAAAACGCCACUAUGAAAAGGCGAAAUGGGCUUGUGUCAAAGUGCAAGAAAAGCAGUAUGAACAGAGCAUAUGCCUAGGAUUCAUGAAGAUCAUGAGAUACAUUUGUCAGCAGAAUUCAUCAGGCCUAUACUUGGGGAUGACUGUUCCCAUUGCAACCAUAGUUCGCACCAGUGAGAGCACUCCAGGCAUCACGAGAUUUGUGACUGUAGCAUAUUACCUCCCCAGUGGGCUGCAAGAACAGCCACCUGCACCCAAUGAUCCUGAUGUUGUCAUUGAAGAGUGGCCUCCAACCAUUAUUUAUGCCAGGGCCUUCAGAGGAGUCACCAACGAAACGUCCAUUGCAAGAGAAAUUAAUCUGCUGGCCGAACUUCUAGAGAGCCCUGAGCUGUGUUUGCAAGAUACCUUCAUAGUUGCAGGAUACACAAAUCCAGCUGCUACAAAUCGACAGAACGAAAUAUGGUUUCUUGAAAGACCAUAGCUGACUAUUUUUGAGCUACAAGACAGCCAAGUUCCGUUGAUGGAUCACCCAUGAAACACACAGGUGAACUCUAGUCAGCUAGCUGGAAUGAUCAAGAAUAAUACGUAGCCAUUAACUUUAUAAAGCCUAUUUCCUACGAAAACAUGAAUAUCACAUUCCACCAGCAUAGCCUGACAGACAAACCAGCUCCCUUCCUCAGCCAUUAAGAAGGCAAACUUGGGGUGUCCGUUGCCAGUUCUGAAAGGUUUAUCCUAGUUGUUGCUUCAGUUAUGUGUAGUCACUAAGAUUUCAAGCACUUUCACCAAAAUUAAGACAUAGGAGAUAUUCUGUAUUAAGAGAAGUAAAGAGUUCCGUUCCCUUGG